CAGCAAACAAUGGACUAUUUCGNUAUUUCGGAGCAGGCGUCUGUUAUUCGAACCUAUCAGGGCAAUGAAGUUGAUGAGUUCACACAGGGCCUGGAAUUCACGCCUCGUUUAAUCCGAUACAAGGGAUCAACUAAUGGUUACGCUUUUCUGGAGGGUCCAAUGGGCUUGAACGGAUCAUGGAUAACAUCUUACGGUCAAGACCUAAGAUUCACCGCUCGACUGUUCGGCUCUACAACGGAGCAAUUGAAAGGAGCUAUGGUAGCACUGCAUGGUCCGAAAGAAUCAUUGUACUGGUGUCCACCAGCCGACCGAGUUCUACUCUAUGCUAUGAGUGUGGGCUACGAAAAUGACGUCUCUAUUCGACUAAACGAACGCGAGCGUUGGUUCCUCGAUCCAAACUGUACACAACGCCUCCCGGAUGCCAAUGGACGAAGUCAGUUUAUGGAACUUUUGAAAAACGUGAAACGCCUUGGUAUUCGUACAAACAUCUACAACGAUCAGAUUAGUUUUGAGCUGCAAGAUUUACGUCUGGAACAUACGGUUCCAUCGGAUCUGCCAGGUGUUUGGGUUGCAGAGAUUGAACAAUGCGAAUGUCCUCCAGGAUACGAAGGUCUAUCAUGUGAGAAAUGCGCUUACGGAUAUGAGAAGCACCCAUCAGAGCCAGGCCAGUGUCGUUUGCGAUGCGCUUGUGAUGAGUGCGAUGAUGAAGGAAAUUGUCUCACUUGUCCCGGAAACCGAAGCGGUCCACAAUGUCAACAAUGUAAGAAAGGAUACUACAGACCGUACGAGAGUUCCCUGGCGGAUGAUUGUAUCCCGUGCGAUAAAUGCGCGCAAGGAUCACCUCAUGUUAUAAAAGAAUGUGUGGAUAGCUUGUUACCCGCUGAAGACCCAUACUGUAAAUGUCAAGCAAGAGAAGAAGGCAAACUUGUCGAUCCGGAAUGUGACCAGUGUUUGAUUGCAGAGAAGCAAGGACUUCCGUUGCCAGACGAGUGCAGUGAACGACCAGAGCCCAGUGCAUGUGAACCAACGGGAACCAAAUCCGGUAUGGUGGCCGGUGAAUGCGAAUGCCAGUCGGAUCCUCAGGGUAUCGAUUUUGAUAUCUGGUUAGCGCAGGGAAGCGCUCAUGGAAGUGUACUUCGCUCUGAUUAUACCGCGAAUGGAGAGCCUCGAUUGGAACGUGCUAACGGAGAUGUGAUUGUUCGUCAUCCCAUACUCGAGCGAGGCCUGAUUCACAUUGCGAUGAACCUACGUCAAACUCCGGAGAGUCCAUCAACGGGUUCGGAUAUUCCCAUCUAUAGAAAUCUCUAUGGCGGUCAGAUGUCAUUCCGUUUGAAUUCGCCCAAUAUGGAUCCAAAAGCGGUUAGCCAAUCACAAGCCGGUGUCGUUAUUGAAAUCGAGUCACCGCGUUUUGGUCGUGUUUGGACGCAAGCUAGUUACAACGUUGAAACACAACGCUAUGAAGUGGAAUUCAGUGAAAACUGGUGGCCUGGUGGAUGGCGCAUUGGUUCGACUAAUGCAUUUGGGGAAAGGGGACCGCAACAGGGAUUGACUAGGGGUCAGCUGCUUCGAGUUCUGGGAACCGCCUCCAGUAUAUCUAUUGUGACCAGUACUGGCCAAAGUGCCGGUUUGAAGGAUAUGCGGCUUUCCGGAUUGGCUGUUCAAUUGGCACUACCAGAGAUGCCCAAAGCUGGUCAAGAUCUGCUGCCCGCACCGGUCGAAAUCUGCGAUUGCCCUGAACCCAGUCAAGAGGGCGAACGCGCGUUGUCGCUCAGUUGCGAGGGUUGUCGUGAUCCCAAAAAACGAACUACUGUGCGUCUGCAACCCGGAGGUACGGAUCUCGAAUGCGAGGAAUGCAUUGGUUCGAACUGCGCCGAAUGUGCCAGUGGCCUGUUCAGAUACAACGUUUACACCGGACAGUCAUAUGACACUUGCAGGCCAGGUCUCACACUGGAUUCGGAAAAGCGGAUUGUUGUGGUCCGAUCGGGCAGUCCGUUCACCCUCGUAUGUCGUGCAACUUCUUACCAUGGAGGUAUACUCACACACGAGUGGGUUAUGCCGGGACCCGUGGAUCCGCAUCGAAUGGAAGUCACGCGGCAACAUGUGCUCCAUCCUACAGACCCUAGCCGACCGACUUUCAAUCAGAGCACUCAUCGGUCUGAAGCAAUCUUAUCAAUCAAUAGUGCGCAAAAAUCUGAUAGUGGACUCUAUCAUUGCCAAGCUUCUGGCCUUGGUUCUUUCCUUGAGCAGCCCACUUAUGUGGAAGUGUGGGAUGAAGGUAAUAUAAAUAAGCACAUAUGA